UCUACAUAGAGACGCGCUCCAGAACCUCCUCUGACCGUCUGGGCUGCACAGGGUGGCCGUAAGCAUGGAAAGCUUUCAUUUAUGGUUUCUAGCUACGUUUGUCUGCAGCGUUCCAGCAGGGUUUCCUUCACCGGACAACUCGACGUUCAGCACCUCGUCCUUCAGAGACCUGCUGAUCUCAUCUCAUCAGGAAAGCCUUCAAAUUGUCGACAACGCCUUACAUCGCUCCAGACAACGACGGAGAACACCUCCACACUCCGGGCUCAGGUUUCAUUUGCUAGCUGAGCCGGAGACUCAGGAGAUUUCCAGAGCGGGGGAAGUUUUUCACACUGCCCUGCAAGUGGUGAAAAUCAGAGCAAAGCAGAAAUAUGAAAGGAGUUUCACAGCUGCAGAGUUGCUGUCUUGGGAAAACGUGGCGCUGCUUGCAGAGCUGUCGCAGUGUCCAGGUGAAGCAAACCCAGCCGCCUGUGAAGGGAGUCAUCACAGCAAAUACCGCAGCAUCUCUGGAGUCUGCAACAACAGGCAGAAUCCUGGCUGGGGAGCGGCCAACACCGCCUUGGUCAGAUGGCUUCCUGCUGAAUAUGAAGACGGAGAGGGCGAACCCAAGGGCUGGAACCGAGAACGGCUCCAUAAUGGGUUCCAGCUUCCCCCGCCUCGCAGCGUCAGCAGGGAAAUAAUAAGGAGCUCCUGUAAGUGGAGAGAUGAUGACUACUCUCAGCUGCUGGUGGACUGGGGACAGUACAUCGAUCACGACGUAACCUUCACCCCCCAAAGCAUCAGCAGCGCUGCGUUCUGGACGGAGCUGGACUGCCAGCAGUCGUGUGAAAACCUGCAUCCUUGCUUCCCCAUUCAGACUGAGGAUUCGCUCUGCCAACCUUUUCGCCGCUCCACCCCAGACUGCUACGACAGGUCCGGCUCUGACGUACAGCAAGCCCUUCAGCGCCAGCAGCUGAACGCCAUCACGUCUUACCUAGACGCUUCUCUCGUUUACGGACACACUCCACAGCUGCAGAGUGCCCUUCGUGACCUCUCAGGCCUCAAUGGAAAACUUGCCAUCAAUGACCAAUUCAAGGACCCAUACGGAAGAUCUUACCUUCCCUUCGUAGCCACGACGCCGUCAGCGUGCCGCGCUGACCCGCAGGGAGAGAGAGUGGAGUGUUUCCGGGCUGGAGACAGUCGGGUCAACGAGGGUCUUCCUCUGAUCGCUUUGCAUACCCUGUGGCUCAGGGAGCACAAUCGGAUUGCAGAGAUAUUGACGCACAUGAACGACCACUGGAGCCCUGAGGCUGUAUACCAAGAAACACGCAAGAUCAUCGGGGCGCUGCACCAGAUAAUAACAAUGAGGGAUUAUGUGCCAAAGAUAAUUGGUCUGCCGUCGUUUGAACGUUACCUGGGAGCCUACAGGGGAUACGAUCCAGCUGUGGACGCCUCCGCCUCCAACGUCUUUGCUACCGCGGCGUUCAGGUUCGGUCACGCCACCAUACCCACAAUCCUCAGCAGGCUCAACGACAGCUUCCAGGAGCAUGAGCGCUUUCCCCACCUGAGACUUCACAAGACGUUCUUCAGUCCAUGGAGGAUAGUCAAAGAAGGUGGCAUUGAGCCCAUCCUGAGGGGUCUGAUCGGGACAGCAGCACCAGCUGCAGGUCCAAACUCCCUGGUAGCAGAGGAGGUAACGGAGAUGCUGCUGGUUCUGGAGUCCCAGCAGCACAUGGACCUGGCUUCCCUCAACCUGCAGAGGGGACGAGACCACGGACUCCCAGGAUAUAACGAGUGGAGGGAGUUCUGUGGACUGAAGCGCAUCAGAACACUGGCUGACCUGGCAGGAGUGGUGAGAGAUGGCAGAGUUGCUGAGAAGAUCCUUGAGCUGUAUGGACACCCUGACAACAUGGACGUGUGGCUCGGAGGUCUGGUGGAAAACUUCCUGCCUGGCUCCAGAACCGGCCCGCUGUUCGCCUGUCUGAUCGCAAAGCAGAUGCAGGUUCUCCGUGACGGUGACAGGUUCUGGUGGGAGGCCGAAGGCGUUUUCACACAGCAACAGAAGGAGGAGCUUUUAAAAUCGUCUCUCUCUCAGAUUAUUUGUGACAACACAGACAUCCAGGAAAUCCCUAAAGACUCCUUCGCGUUUGCUCCGUAUCCUGCUGGUUAUGUUGGCUGCAGUGAAAUCCCGUCCAUGAGUCUGGAAGCUUGGAGAGAGGAGAAGAGUCACGACCUACAGCUGUGUGGCUUUCCAAGACCGAUAAAGAAUGGAGAUUUUAUUUUUUCCUCCAAACAUGGCAGGCUGACUGCUCUGUACUCCUGUUACCAUGGUUUCAAAUUAGCGGGCGCUGCUGAAAUGUUUUGUGAAGGAAAUGGGUGGAGGGAUGAGCCCCCUCAGUGCACAGAAGCUGCCCUGGUGCCGUAAUAAUGCUGCAGAUCCAGAAAUGCUUCAUACAUUAAAAGCAAGCGUGUGAAAAUGCUUUGUUAUCAGAGCCUUUUGUGAUCUUGAUGAUUUAAACGGAGCAGUUUCUCAUUGUCCUGAUUCACAUAGUAUAAUCCUCAGAUCUUAGACUGUUACACAUUGGUUCUCCCUCAC